AUGUCUACUGGACAUAUGGCCAGACAACGGUCGGCCUCGAGGGGCUCGUCCGUCCGCUCCAAUACAGACAUGAAGCCACCUACUCCAAGCAUCACACCGGGGAGCGAAGAAUUCGCAUUCGAGCCAUGCGCCGCGACCGCAUCGUUCCUGCUCUACGCUUUGCGCAAUGUCAUCUACUGCCUCCAUCACGACACAUUGGCGAUUGAGCGCCGCUUUGAGCGCCAUCGUGAGGACAUUUCCUGGAUAUCAGUCGACAAUGUCAGCGACCGCGGCGCUGGCCGAUUGGUGGUGAGCUACGAUGCUGGAAGCACGGCGAUAGUGUGGGAUCUCCUCACUGGCGAGGAAGUCGCCAGAUUCGCAUCGUACGAACAAAUCCGAGUUGCCUCUUGGAUGCGAAACGGAAAUGUAGCAUUUGGAAAUGCCCAAGGAAACGUGAUUCUUUUUGAGCCUCAAACGUCCGAGCAUCUUUCGGCUAGGACGAUUUUCGAUCCCAUCACAGCAUUGGCUCCAGCAGCAGAUUGCAGGACGUUCGCAAUUGGAUACCUCAAUGGCUCAAUCCUCAUUGCAACUCUGCAACCAUCAUUUACUAUUCUUCACACCCUCACCACACCCAGGACCCCUUCCCCUAUCAGUGGCUUGGCGUGGCAUGGGUCCUCAUCGAAGCAGAAGUCAGAGAUGCUGGCUGCCCAAGCUUCGGAUGGAGAUUUGCGUGUGUGGAGUGUUCCAAAGCAAGCCCACUCCGGCGACUCACCAUGCGUCAUACGCAUCUUGAACAGAUCGGAGCAAAGAGAGCCGGGCCCAUGCUGGUUUGCAUGGUCUAAAAACGGACGUAUCAUCCAGUAUACAGAAGGGCAAACAUGCUCGUGGGAUGUGCGAACAAAGAGAGUAACAUACGAGAGUGUCCCCAUUGUCGAUAGCAUCAUUGCUAUCACUAAUUACGGACCUACCGCGACCCUCUUUACCAUGGGCCGUAAUUACUCUAUCCAACAAUACGACUUGAACCCAAGCGGCCUGCCAUCGCUCGUCGCCAACAUUCAACAUCCCCCCGCUAACACACCCCCAUCUCCACCUAAUUCUCUAGAUGAAAAGAAGAAGGCUGCUGAAGCUUCUUCUUCUGCCCAUCCCAUUCGAUCAACGGCACAGAUGCUGAUCGAGUCCGAGAGCAGUGAGGGCGAAGGUGCUGUCAUGUCUCCAUUGCAGAGGAUUGCUCAAGAAAUGGAUCAACUAGAGGAGGAAAGACGAGAUCGUCUAGCUCCCUUGAGUCCACAGUCAAGCCGAAGUUCACAGAGCUCGCACUCGUCGGGAGGAAAGCGUGCCCCAAGGUACCGCUACGACAGGCCAAGCCACGGUUCCCGAUCAGUGCGAAGCGGCCACUCUCAGAAGACUGGGACAGUCUUCUCGGCUGGUCAAUCCUCUUUUGCAGGCACAUCGCGUGAGAGUAUUUCUAUUCGUUCCACAUCCUCGGCAGCUUCUUCUCGCUAUGGGUCAUCUGCUUUGCGAAAGGAGGUCCUACGCAGUCCCGAUGAAGCCCCAUCCCUAAAAGACAUGGACCUCUUUCCCUUCACCAAAGCUCGGCUCAGCGACGUUCCUUACAGAAACUCGAACCUCGGUCCUGCACGAACUCCAGAUACUCUUCGUCAAAACAUGCUCAAGGUUGUCUUUGGCUGGGAGAACGACAUCGAUGAACUUGUCCGUGAUGAGUUGGCACGACAUGCUCCUGGCUCGGCUGCAGCUGUGCUUCUAUCGAAGUGGCUGGGCGAUUCUGGUGCUGACCUCAUGGCCUCGAUGGUCGGAUCGCAGUCUAUGACCUCUUCCGAUUGGAUGUUGCUCGCUUUGAGUUCCAUGGGUCAGGAUUCUCAGAAGAAGGUUGGGGAGGCUUUUGUUCAGCGUCUCCUUGAGAAGGGCGAUGUUCAUCCUGCGGUGGCAAUUCUCCUUGGACUUGGUGAGCACAAUGAUGCAGUGGAAGUAUAUGUUUCUCGCAAAUACUACAUGGAGGCGGUGCUCCUUACCUGCCUCAUUUUCCCAACCGACUGGCAGAGGCAGUCAUAUCUGGUAAGGCAAUGGGGAGAGGCUGCCGUGUCACAUGGCAAGCCAGAACUAGCUUUGAAGUGCUUCUCUUGCACAGGCGUGGAAUCCUCCGAGCCUUGGUUCUCCCCCCGAGCCCAAGAUGCUGUCUUCUCUGCACAGAAGCAGGCGCUUCUUGGGUCCCAGCUCAGCCCUCCUCUUUCACCUCCCAGCGGACCAAGCAGCCGUGUCAUGGCUAAGAUGGGUUCCCUUAAACUCGUCACCGAUUUCGGCCACGGACCCCAGCCACAGCAGUUGGUUCCCGAUGAUGAUGAGCAGACGCCAAUGAACCAUGGAGUCACUCCGAUCGCUGAAUCUGCGUUAAGCCCAUCAGGCAAUCGGACACCGUGGGGUAGAGCGGUUAACCGCGAGCCGUCCUCUGCAAGAACUGCCACUCCCGGUGCAUACAGGCGAAAGCGAAUGCCGUCUCGGAAUGACCCAGACAGAUUCACCAACAACCAGGCUCUCGCCGCUCUUGCUGUGCCUGAUCGUGGACAGCGAAUGGGAUCCGCUCCAGCGACAGCUGUCGACAAUGUUGGGCGUGAAGCUGAGACAUUGCCAUUCUCGAUGCAGCGGCCAGCUGUCCCCGAGGCUCCCAAGGAUGUCCUUCUUUCUGCAGCCACAUACCAAGCCCCUCAGCUCAAAGAAGCAAUGCCCUCUCCAGCUGCCGGCAUCUUCGAGAACCUGAACAAACGGGCACAGUCGCGCGAAGCUUCACGAACCCGCAAGCCAGAAAACCUGUUCAUUGAGAUGCAUGAGACCGUCGAAGAACAAGCGCCAACUACCGGAUACGAAAGCAACCUCAGUCCACCUCUCACGGAUAGCAGUAUGAAGAGCUCGAAAGCUCGCAGCAUCGACAACUACAUCAGCAGUCUCGAGGAAGCAAACCACUACGCUCGAACGCGUGCCAACUCCAAGACUGAGCCCCGGACAGCCUCUCGCACCGAGCCCAGAACCAGCAGCCGUACUGCGAACCGAACUCGCAGCCGUACUCGCGAGGCUUCGCAGUCUUCCCGAGGUCGGGGUGACGUUCGCUACAUUCGACCUGCCAAACGCUCCCCAUCCUCCCCUGUACCCAUGUCGCCCGAGGAUGCCGGUGUCAAUUCUGUGAUCAAAGAAGCACCAGCCGCAGAGUUCGAUGAUGAGAGAUACUACAAAGAUGUUGUCUCGCCAAUUGCUACAGAGUCAGUGGCCAGCUUCCGUACCAGCAGGAGCCGCGCCAGAACUGGCUUGAGUAAGGCGAGAUCGUCGUCGAAGACAGCGAGACGCCCAGAGUCUCCCGAACGGACAACUCGUGCCCGCAGCCGAGCAACCAGUCGGCCCUCGAGUCGGCGUCCAGCUGAGGACCGUGGACGUAGUUCCACGCGCGGUAAUACAUCAGCGAUGCGAUCUCCAGGAUCUCCAGAACCUAUGUUCAGAGAGGAGGAGGUCGAGCCAAAGGAGGAUUAUGAGCCCGUUCGUCCACGUCACCGAAGCCAGAGUCGCCGUGCUGCUGAGCGCGGCAUGAGCUCUCGUCGCGAGCGUGAGCAAUCGCCCGACCGCCGUGUGCCUCGUGAGCGUUCGGUGAGUCGAAAGGCGCCAUCCAGCCUUCGUGAAAGCAGUCGCACACGCGUAAACUUGCCUGAGCCAUCUCCAGAGCUCUUUUCGGAGCGGGUUCCUGAAAGCAGGCCGCAAUCACGACAAUCAAAUAUGUCUGCUAGAUCUAGGCUCACAACCAUGUCCCGUCGAGAGCUGGCCCAGAAAGAACUGGAGGAGCGGCGCCUGUCUCUUGCUCGUCGCCCUUCAGCACCCCUCAUUCCCUUACCCGGGGAGUACUCUUUACGGCCCACCUUGACUGAACGUGCUUACACUGCCGAAUCCCCAGAACUGCUCAUGGCAACCUCAUAUCGUGAUCCUAUCCAACGCAGCCAUACCGCCGAUCCAGAAAUCUCCAAGAAGUAUUCCCCUACCAACAAGCUCGCUCUUGGCGCCACCUCGACGACUUCUGUGCCCAUCGGACUGCCGGCCAACCCUCGUGCAAUGCGCCAUCCCCGCUAUAUGAGUGCGGAUCCUAGCGAUGACAAUGAUAUUCCUGCAGUUCCUACGAUCCCUGACCAUCAUAUCGUUCAGGGAGCUCAAGAAUCCCAAGAUGAUUUGGGACCCCUUUUGCCUUCGACCACCUUCGGCCAACCAAUUGGUCCAAUCCGUUCUGCCUCAGCACCGCCCAAGGAUUUUUCACCAGUCAGUACCACGCCAAACAUGUCACCAAUCUACUCCUCGAGCAGGCGAGGAUCGUUGAGCAGUCAACGAGGUCAUGCGCGGUUGAAUACUUCUCCGGACCUCUUCCCACCGCCAAACUACAAGCGCAUCAGUCCUCCUCCCAUCACUGCCAGCAUCGACGAAACCAUUUCUGAGAGCCAAGUCGUCAUUGUCGAAGCAGACAGCAAUGCCAACGUUGAUCCACCCUUACUAGCAGAGCUGCAGCAUCUCGCCGGUCCUCCGCCUCCGCCUCCGCCUCCAAUCUUUGAACACGGCCGCAAAGGUAGUCUGGGUGUGAUCAACAUUGCCAUCGACGAAGAGCCCAAGAGAGAGGCGCAGGAGACCACCUCACCAGUCGCCUCACCUGUGACUUCCCCUCCCGCUACCACUACUUCGCCAAUGUCUCAUCGUCGUGGCCGCGGAAGUGUCAGUGAGAACAUCGGCAUGACUUUCAAGCGCGUCACCGAUCGCAUGCGCAGCACCAGUCGCUCGCGGGCCAAGUCGCCACCAGUUCGCCAGGACAGCAACAUUGCUCCUUACGAGAGUAUCCCUGAGUUCUCGUUCCCACGUUCAAACUCUGCCAUGUCGCCUAUCGAAGGCAACAACGAGAGGCAACUCAACAAUCUGUCUCCGCCACCCCCUCCCCCCGUCCCUCAGCCAAUGGAACAAGUCAUAGCUCCGACUGAGGAAGAGAAGCACUUCUACAGGACCCCCAGGGAAAUCAAGGCCAACAUGCCACCGGAGUCGUUGCAGGCUGGUGCAUACCAGAAUUACGAAACGCCCAUGAUCUGA